ACAGCCAGUGACAUCAUGGGAAGUCCGCUGCUACCCCCCUUUCCUCAGUUGCUGGAAUUGAGCAGAAACAAGGAUUUCUCGAUUUCAAUGAGCUGCCUUAUCAAGGAUGAUAAGAAACACAGAGGAACAUGUACUUCCUGGCGCCUCUACAGUGGAGAUCUGUUCAAAUAAAAUCUCAAUGGACCUUUUCCUGCAUCUUUCCCUUAUUCCAGCAGUUCUGAUUACAGGGGUGCUGUCAUUUCUUCAGAGACGAGCUCAGAGACUGGCCAUUGACCACAGACUACCUUUUCUAAAGGGGCGUUUCGGUAUUGUGGUGCCUUUGGAUACAAUUGGCAGCCUCAGUAACCGAUGGUCCUAUGGCUUUGCAUUUGGUGCAGUGUCAAGCAGUGUUCUGUUGCUUUUUUCUGAGCGUUACAUCCCCUUCUCAGUCCCACCCUGGGCCAGAGCAAUAGUGUACCUUGUUGGAGCUUUAGAAGUGGGUCUGGUCUAUUUCCCAUUUUUUGCCUGUCUGUCCACACCAUUCAGAAUGGCUGGGGCAGGGCUGGGAAUACUGUACUCUGCAGCCUGGAUUGUGAUCACAGUCUGGGAUACAGUCACCUGUCCCCAGGGAGAGGUUUUGGGUAAAUACCAGAAGAUAAUUUACCAGUGGCCCUGCAUCCUUUCACUCGUCUUCCUCUUGGGACGAUUCAUUUACAUUCUGGUUAAAGAUGUGCGCAUACGCCUGCAACUGGAACCAAAGGAUCUUGAAGAGCUGGUUGAUAAGCACCAGGCAAACCAUGUUAAACAGCUACUGAUUAGAACACCUGAACACAGUAAACCCCUCAGCUGGUUCCAGACACGAGUGUACGAAUGGGACCCCUAUUUCAAGUUUCCAAACAGGAUCAUUGGCACAGCCAUUAUAUCCCUUAUAGGGCUAUAUAUGAUGACGCUAGCAGACUAUAGUCUGAGUGAUGUUGCCUUUGAUCGAGUAGAAGACUGGAAGAAUGCCCUAAAAGAGGUUGUUAUGUCUUGUAACCAGACGCAAACUUUGGGAUAUAUGGUAUCGCAGUUGGAAGAGUUUAUCAACGUGGCCAGGAAGUCUUGGCUUGCCACCACCAUCUUUGCCAGUCUCAACUCUGUUGCUUACACCUUCCAUAUCUUGGCAUGUUACAGGAAACACUUAAAGAGACUGUGGAAAGGUCAGAAAAGCUUCCUUCCAGAGAGGUUCCACAACCCUAAGCCUGCUGUCAGUGUUGCUUCCAUUGCAAGAUACUCUGGAUGGCAAAUAGCUUUUACAUUAUGGGGCUACCUGAUUGUUCAUUUUGUCUACUUCCUGUUUGCCCUGCUGUUUGCCUACUUACUGGUUCUUCCCAUACUGAAUGGAAAAGUUCAGACCAUGCUGUCAACCCUGGGACUCAUUCUUCUGACCAUAGGAAUGGUGGUCAUCUUGGUUAUUCUUCAGGUAGUUCUGGUUCAGAUCUUCUUUCUUCAGGACAAAAUGUCCCCCACUGAUAAGCAGAAACCUCUUGCUCUUAACAACAGGAAGGCGUUCCACUGCUUCAACUACUUCUUCUUUUUCUACAAUGUGGUGAUGGGGAUCAGCACCUGCAUAGUCCGGCUGCUGUUUAGCAUUGUGGUUGGAACAUGGCUGGUGUCCCGCAUCGACCGAACCAUAAUGCAGAGGGGAUAUGAAAACCUGGAUGCCGGCUACAGUACAUGGAUAGGGAUGAUCUUUGCUGACAAUUAUCACAACAACCCAGUCAUGGUGUGUUUCUGCCAGCUUCUGGUGUCAAACAGUAUAGAGAAACACAAUGGAACGGCAUACUCCUCAUUUGACAAUGCUCAAUCAGCACCCCCAGUGAACAGCCGGGCAAGAAGACGCUGGGUGCUGCUUUACACCUUGCUGAAGAACCCUCGUCUCAUCCUAUGCAGAAAACACCAUCUCUCCACAGCAUCGUCAUCACCCACCCAGACAGAGGCAGAAAUUCGGGCUUGGGUCAUGGCAUCACAAACGCAGAACCAGCAAUGGGCACCACAGGCAGUACCAGAACUCAUUGUCACAGCAGAGGAAGACUGUUGAAAAAACUCUGUGUGGCUCAUGAGAACUUUAUUAAGCUGUUUGAAUUGCAUGGAGUUAUAUGACUUACAACUGUGGCAAAUUCAGUUUUAUAGGGGGAACCAGGUGUUCUACAGUCCUUGUAUUUGAGCUGUUAAUUUAUUUCAGCUUUUGUGGAGGCAGCAGUAACACAAACUAACAUGACUACAACAGUGACUCAGGUACAAGUUAGCCUAACAUGGUUUCUAAUUAUUAACCGUGGGAGGUGCCGUUUCAGAGAUUUUAUACGUGUUGUCUAGCAUGUGUACGUUUGCAUUCAUACUUGUUGAAAGUAUGUCGCUUAAUUGUCAAGAUAAAAAUGUGUAAAAAUACAGUUUAUAUUGGAUUUAAACUGUAAACAUGUUUAAAUAAUUUUUCUCAGGAUUACUAUAUUAAAAUCUUGGUAAAUGUG